CUUUUCUUCCAGAGAGUGCAAAGCAGUCUUUCUUUCAUUGAGAUCCAAAAUACUAACAUUUGCUGCACACUUUUUUCUGGAAGGAAACUUCAGGAUAUGGCAACUUCUUGUCAGAAGAUGGGUAAGAAGAGCCGAGUGAAAACUCAGAAAUCAGGCACUGGCGCUACAGCAACAGUGUCACCAAAGGAAAUGCUGAACCUAAUUAGUGAACUCUUGCAGAAAUGCAGCAGCCCAACACCUGGCCCUGGAAAGGAGUGGGAAGAAUAUGUACAGAUUCGAGCUCUGGUUGAGAAAAUCCGAAAAAAGCAAAAAGGUUUAUCAGUUACCUUUGAUGGAAAAAGAGAAGAUUAUUUCCCUGAUCUAAUAAAAUGGGCUGCUGAAAAUGGAGCUUCUACUGAUGGUUUUGAACUGGUUAACUUCAAAGAAGAGGGCUUUGGUUUGAGAGCAACAAGAGAAAUCAAGGCAGAAGAAUUAUUUUUAUGGGUCCCACGAAAAUUGUUAAUGACUGUUGAAUCUGCUAAAAAUUCAGUAUUGGGGGCCUUAUAUUCUCAAGACCGAAUCCUUCAAGCUAUGGGAAACAUCACACUGGCAUUUCAUCUUCUGUGUGAACGAGCAAAUCCUAGCUCUUUCUGGCUGCCAUACAUACAGACCCUUCCCAGCGAAUAUGAUACCCCUCUCUAUUUUGAAGAAGAUGAAGUUCAGCAUCUACAAUCAACACAGGCUAUACAUGAUGUCUUCAGUCAAUAUAAAAAUACAGCUCGACAAUAUGCCUAUUUCUAUAAAGUUAUUCAGACCCAUCCUAAUGCCAACAAACUGCCCUUGAAGGAUUCUUUUACUUAUGAGGACUACAGGUGGGCAGUAUCUUCUGUUAUGACACGACAAAAUCAGAUUCCGACUGAAGAUGGAUCCCGAGUGACACUGGCUCUGAUUCCUUUAUGGGAUAUGUGCAAUCACACUAAUGGACUGAUUACUACUGGUUACAACCUAGAAGAUGAUCGUUGUGAAUGUGUUGCGCUACAAGAUUUUAAUGUUGGAGAACAGAUAUAUAUUUUUUAUGGCACCCGAUCAAAUGCAGAGUUUGUGAUCCACAGUGGUUUUUUCUUUGACAAUAAUUCACAUGACAGAGUGAAAAUAAAGCUCGGAGUGAGCAAAAGUGACAGGUUAUAUGCAAUGAAAGCUGAAGUCUUGGCUCGAGCUGGCAUUCCUACUUCCAGUGUCUUUGCCUUGCACUUUACUGAGCCUCCCAUCUCUGCCCAACUUCUGGCCUUCCUUCGAGUAUUCUGUAUGACUGAAGAAGAGCUGAAAGAACAUUUGAUAGGAGAACAUGCUAUUGACCGAAUCUUCACUUUGGGUAACUCUGAAUUUCCUGUCAGCUGGGACAAUGAAGUCAAACUCUGGACAUUCCUUGAAGCCAGAGCAUCCCUUCUUUUAAAAACAUAUAAAACGACCAUUGAGGAAGAUAAAUCCUUCUUGGCAACUCAUGACCUUACCUUUCAUGCAACAAUGGCCAUCAAACUACGCUUAGGAGAAAAAGAGAUUUUGGAAAAAGCUGUAAAGAGUGCAGCUGCCAACCAAGAGUACUAUUGCAAACAAAUGGAGGAAGGUACCCCACUUCCCAAAUAUGAAGAGAGCAAUAUUGCCUUGUUAGAGAAUACCGUGGCAGACUCUAGACUUCCAAUUGUCCUCAGAAACCUAGAGGAUGAGGCUGAAGUGCAGGAGGACUUAAAGAUUGAAGAAGCUAUCACUGAUAGAGAAGUCACAGAAAAUGGAUUUGUAAAUAGUGAAAACUCUAUUCCUAAUGGGACCAAAUCUGAGAUCGAAAAUCUAAAUCAAGAAGAAAAUAUAAGAGAGACUGAAGAUGCCAAAGAAUCUUCUCUUGACAGUACCAAUGAGGUUAAGCAAUAGUCAUGAAAUAAAUCUUGACUUUAUUGUGAAAUUAAAUUUAGCAAAAAUUUAUGAACAAUACAUUUACAUUGGUGUGUUUUCUUGUUAACAUUUUUCUUUCUGCAGAGAAGAAAGUAUGUUUUUGCUGCUUUAUAUAAAAUGAUUUUCUUUUUUUUUUUUUUAAGUUAUUUUUAAGAAAUCUGGCUUUCCUUUUCAAAUAAGAUUGCCAUCUUGCUUUCAGGCAAAAGAAACAGAAGACUGGGAUGGGAUAAUGGUGGUAGAGGCGGUACCUUUGGAAGAUUUUACAAACCCAUUGUAGGACAAAUGUAUUUUCUUCCCAAGUAUUAGUUGUACUUUUUUAUUGGUCCAUCUUUCUGACAACCAAAAUUAAAAGUCUGCUUUGCCUUCUGCCAAGAAAAUACGAUGAACAAAAUGUUCUAUAUGAAAAUAGAAGUGCAGCACAGUGAAAAUCUGUGUUCAAAGAUCAGAAACUUGAUAAAUUGGGCAAUUAUUUUUCUUUUAAAUAGAGAAAGUAAUACAGGGGGAAAAGUAUUUGAGUAGGAAAAUUAAAUAUAUAUACAUAUAUAUGUAUGUGUGUAUAUAUAUAUGUGUGCGUGCGUGUGCAUAUAUAUGUGUAUAUACACACACACAUACACAUAUGGUAAGGUGGCAAACUUAUUUUUAAUAGUUUUAAAUAUUAAUGAUAAUCUGAAUUAUAUAUUCUUAGUGAUUUCUUAAGAUUUGUUUACUUUUUGUGUUUUGUUUACUAUACUAAGUGUGUCCUUCCUCCUUGAAUCAGAGUAGGGUACUAUACUAUACCAUUCACCUAAUUUUAAAAGCUGACUUUUUAAAGUGGUACAUUUGAUUUAUAGUGUUGGUAAUGGCAACUUCAAAAAUAUAGUCCAAUGCACAGUUUUACAGAACUUGUUCCAAGUGAGGAUGCACUCCCCUGCCCCUCUUCCCCUCAGCUUAUUCAGGUUUUCACAAACAAGCUAGAGGUUUUCAAAGCUACACUUUUGACUACAAACCAUUAUUAAAAGGAAAAUGUGAUUAA